AUGGACAACUCCCUCCUGCUAGGACUCCCCAUCCUCCUCUGCUGCUUUAGAGACCCUCUCUCACUUCGAUUUCCCUACUCUCUGGCCCAAAUUAUAGAAAUUAUUCAGUGUAGGAUGUGCCACCUCCAGUUUCCAGGGGAGAAGUGUUCCAGAGGUAGAGGAAUAUGUACUGCAACAAUGGAAGAGGCUUGCACAACUGGGAGGAUUUUCAGAAAUGAUGGUACACCCUGGUUAACCUUUAGGGGCUGCCUAAAGAACUGUGCUAAUGUGAACAAUAUAAAAUGGAGUGUCUAUCUGGUGAACUUCAGGUGCUGCAGGAGCCGUGACUUGUGCAAUGAAGACCUCUAG